AUGUUUAAUUCAUUAAAAACUACAGAAUUGUGCAACAAAGAAAAAUACAUUCUAUUCAUAAAAUGGUGCAAAGAAAAUGGUGCCUUGAUAUCCGAUGAAGUUUAGUAUCCAUCUGCUUUUGGAGCUUAAGGUUAUACUGGAGUUAGUGCAAAAAUGAAUAUUCCCGCUAAUAAGGUAAUUAUUGCAAUACCAAACAAAUUGAUAAUAAGUCAUCAUAAAGUAUUGAAAAGUGAAUUGAGUGAUAUGUUCAAGACUCAUAAACAAUUUUUUGAUGAUUAGAUUACUGCGGAUGCUGAAUUCAAUUGUUUGGGUAUGAAAUAAGUUGUACCCUAUAGCACUUUACAUAUUUUAUCAUAAAUUAUAAGGAGAGAAGUCAUUUUGGUAUCCUUAUUUGAAUGUAGUAGAACAACAUACUAUGUUUGAAUGGAGAAAUAGAGACCUAUUCAAUUUAUAGGAUCAAUCCCUAAUUGAUGAAUUCAUGUAUAUCUAAGCUGAGAUGGAUAAAUCUUGGUAUAAAUUUAAAGGGUUAAUGAACAAGUACCCCCAAUAUUUUGGUAGUCUAACAGAAGAACACAAAGACAUGUUCUAUUGGAGUAACGAAUUUGUGAUGACUCGUUGUUUUGGCUGGACACUGCCAUCCACAAGUUUAGUACCAAUGGCUGAUAUGCUGAAUCAUUCUAAUACUAAUCCUGCUACAUAUCAUUUAGUUAACAGAUCAAUCGAAUAAAAUGGUCAGCCCAAUAAUAGAUACACUCUUAAAAGAGAAAGGAUUGAUUUGAAAUUGCUGGAACUUGAUUUCAAAAUUGAUCCAAAAUACUCAAUCAGAAAUUCACAAGAAGCCUACAUCUAAACCAAUAAACAAUUGUUAGUUCAUGAAUUUGAAGGGCAAACAAGCAGAGAUAAAAUUAAUUAAAUUAAUUACAAUGUGUUGCAACUUUGGAAGGAAAAACAAGCAUGGGAGUUGGAUUUUGAAUCAUCUUCUUAAUCAGAGGACAAUGAUACCGACUCAGAAGAUGAAGAUAAGGUAGACAAGCUCUCUUAGAUAAGAAAGAAAGAACUUAAGAUUUUAUAAGAAAAGAAUAUGAAGUUAGAUUAAUAAUACACUUAAAAAUGCUAGGAUAUUAUUACUAGUCUGAUUCCCAAGAAUGCAUAAUAUAAACAAACACAAUCGAAUAUUUAAAUUAAGGGCAAGAGGACUUUUGAAGAAGAGCCGGAGAAAGAUUAAGACAGUUCAGAAAGUAGUGAUGAUUCAGAGAAGGAUUUCGAUUGGUAUAAUGAUGAAGAUGAUUAAGUUUAUUUUUGUAUCACAACAGCAGGUUAAAUUCAAUAGGGAGAAUAGAUUUAUACAUUCUAUGGUAGAAGAAAUAAUAGAUUCUUAUUGUUGUGGUAUGGGUUCACAAUGAAUAAUAAUAAGUAUAAUUCAUUCAAUCUUAGGGUAUGUUAUAUCAUUUAUUUAUUAAGUUAUGGCUCAAUCCAGAACCUAUGGCUAUGAAUGACUAAAUCUACUCUAAGAUUAUUGUCACCGACAUAGUGAAUAAUAAUCAUCUAAAAUUGGGGUAAAUCAACGGAGUUCCAAUCAAUCAAUUGAGUAGGGAAAUCAAAUUGAAGGGCUCAAAAUUAUAAGAAGGUAUGUUCUCAUUUAGAUUUAGAUUUAGAUUUAAUCAUUUAUGUUAGACUCUUUUUAAUGGCCUAUUAUAUUGGAUAGGAUGCAAAUUCAAUUUUAUUAACUAUACCAAUUUCAAUUGAUUUUGAAAUCCAGGUUUUUGAUUUCACCUUAAAGUUACUUUCAUAUCUUGCAUAGAGGUACAUUAAAAUUAAAUUAGAUUCAAAUCCCCAUAUUAAGAAGAUUUAAAUUUGAAUUAAAAUAAUUUAACAUGUGAAGAGUAUUUUGCACUGAACUAUAGACUGGGAUAAAAGGAAUUAAUAUUAUUGCAAAUAAAUCAUAUCAUGGAGGCUUUGAAACUGUUGAGAAUGUUGAAAUAGCAACCGAAGUUAAACAUCAAAGAGUAUUUUAUGUAACAAUCCAAUUCUGUGGAAAAAAUUAGAGCCUUGAGAUAUUAUAUAAAAUAUUUGUGA